AUGUUUGGCCAGAUGCGGCGACAAGUGAAAGAUUGUAUCGCAGGGACGGCCCGUACGACUCUGCAGCGCCCCCACCCGCCUCUCACCCACUUCCCGCAUGCCCACCCUCAUGUUUGGCACAAAGGCUGGAGUAAGCAGCCAGUGGAGAAUAGAGAGGGACUAGCUUAUGGUGGGAAUGCCAAUCACAGACCUAACAAACCAUACCAAGACCACAAAAGAAGAAGUAACACUCAGCCCUCUGGUGCACAGGAUCAUAAGGAUGCCAAUAUUUAUAAUAUACUGAGGAAAAGGACACAGAGUCCUCCUGUUGUUUUCCUUAAAACACACAAGACAGGAAGCAGUACUGUCCAAAAUCUGCUGUUUCGCAUGGGAGAGAAGAACAGAGCCACAUUCGCUUUCCCUCAUUACACCUACCAGUUCGGCUAUCCAGAUAAAUUCAGGGCAGAAUUUGUGGACGAGUUACCCGAUGGUUACUCUCAGUACGACAUACUUUGUAGCCAUAUGCGUCUAGACGUGGUACAGCUGAAACAGGUGAUGCCACCAAACGCCAUCUACAUCACCAUCCUUCGUGAACCUCUACAGACAUUUGAGUCCGUUUUCUCCUAUUACACCACCACUGUUCCUGCUUUCACCUUAGCCAAACAGACAGCAGAGCACAAAUCAGCCUUGUCGGUUUUCCUGGAGUCUCCGGAUUCAUUCUGGGACCCCAACGAGCCUGGUAAUGGUCUAGGAAAAAAUCCCAUGAGCUUUGAUUUAGGUCUCAACAGCCAGCAGUGGAUCUCUUCCUGGCCAGCUGACCUAACUCUGCUGGAGGAGACCUUCCAGCUAGUUAUGAUCGCAGAGCAUUUUGAUGAGUCCCUGGUCCUCCUGGGGGCCCUGCUGAACCUGAAGCUUGAGGAACUAGCCUACGUUCGCCUUAACACUCGCUCUCCUCAGGAUGUCACUCCGCUGGACGACAUAACCAAAGCCAGGAUCCGGGCCUGGAACAGCCUGGACGUGUUGCUGUAUGACUAUUUCCUCCAGGUCUUCUGGGAGAAGGCAGAGCAGUAUGGGCUGGAGAGGCUGAACAGAGAGGUGGCUCUACUGCGGGCCUCCACAGACACAAUCAGACAGAAAUGUGUGGCCAGGAAUGGGGUGCCUCCUGGGGAACUUGAGGACCUAGUAAGACCUUGGCAGAGUGAUUCAGUCACUAUCUUGGGUUAUCAGGUACAGGGGAACCUGACCAAGCAGGAGCAGGGAUUCUGUAUACGUCUAGUACUGCCUGAAAUUCAGUACCAUGCCCAUCUGUAUUUCCAGCAGUAUGGUCGAGACAUGAGGGCUGUGCCUACAGAGUAA